AUUUGCAGUGACCCUGCUCAGGACAAGUGGUUUCAGCCAGUGUGUGUGAACUGAAUUACACUUUUUACAGUUCCUCAGAACCCGGAAUUCAGAAUUCUUCUUUUUAUUCAUGGUAGAUCCCGUCUCAUUACAAGAUGUUCAUAGUGAAAAACAACAAAAUGUGGUUCUCUGCAGUGGAAACAGUUAAUUUCUAAUGCAAAAAAAUGUAAAAUCAUUUUAAUUCACUUCCUGCCAGUGCUACUGUGAAAAAAUGUCACCCAGAUUUGGGAAGAGUUUUCAGAGGCCCUGGACAGUGACUUUUUAGAUGUCCUUGGCCUGCUGCCACCACUGUCCUCAACAGGACAAGCAGUUUGAACAAAGGGUGGAUGACUGUUUUGGUCCUUGGUCAAUUUGGUCCUUGUAAAUGCAAAGAAGUUACUUGUAACUGGAAAUUGGGGUAUUAAAUUAAACUCCCAGUAUAGUCAAAUUCUUGUAACCCAAAUGGACCAUACAUAUAAUAUUUAUGUAUUAUGUGUUCUCAGGAUGUCCACUGAAAACAUGUAAUACGUAAAUAUUAUAUGUAUUGUUACUGGAAACCCUCAGAUAGAAUUACAUAUUAUGUGGGUAUAUGUGUGUAUGUCCAUUGCAGAAUACUGUAUGUGUCAGACAUGAACUUUGCUAGGUUGAGACCUCUCACCCUUGCCUUUUGCACUGUUUGGUGAAAUGAAAAGCCCCUGCUGACCACACUGGGAGAGUCCAGAGAAUCAUGUGACCACUGCUGAAAUUGCUUACAGAAUAUUUGUGCUUUUCCGAUUUGUGUUCUGUUAGCAAGAGCAGGAGAGGAUGAAAACCAGCUGGCCUUGGACCACAAGAUACCAUCCAGCAUUAGGAGUUCUUUUCCUUUCUUCGGUUGUGUUAUAGAUUUGUCCCAAACUUAUUUUUGAACCUUGAAUCUUUGUUUUUAUUCUUUAGGCUAUGUGUUGUUUCGCUUCCAGUGCUUCAUGCAGGCAAUGAGUUGGGAAUGGUGCUGUAUGAGGUAUACAGACUGAAUGCAACUUCCAGCAACAAUUGUUUUGAUUGCAGAAACUGGAAAACUGACUGUAACACAGGCUGCACAAUGGGGACAUCUGGGGGCUAUUGCCUCCCUGUGGACUAGUCUGGAAGGAGCCCUAGGAGCUAUUUGUCCUGCUACCCCCAGUGACACAAGGGUUACAGUAUAUAGGUCAGGGCACUGGUCCUCUCCUGGAGUCUGCAGCAAACAAACAAAUGAGGUGGCCUUGUAUAAAGUCCAUGACAGAGAGAACCCAAAGCACUGCUGGGAGCACAGGCAGCUUUGUUGCACACACUGAGGAACAGUAUAUCCUGUUCUUGCCUCCAGCCUUCCUUCCUAUUGUUAACUUCUCCAGGAGUAUCUGGCCCAGGAAAGAACAUGGACCUACUACACAGCCUAGGCGUUGACCUGACCCUCAACCUCCAAGCCAACUACAGCCACUACGAGAGUAUAUUCCACCUGGCCUCUUCUUUGGCAGACCUGCACACCACCUUUGUUGUUUUUUUUCCUGUUUGGUUCCAUUUACGUCAGGAGGUGGGCAUCAAACUGAUAUGGGUGGCAGUAAUCGGUGACUGGCUCAACCUAGUCUUCAAGUGGAUUCUAUUCGGAGAGAGGCCAUACUGGUGGGUCCAUGAGACUCAGUUCUAUGACACUGCACCAGCUCCUGUCCUACAGCAGUUUCCCAUCACAUGUGAAACAGGACCAGGAAGUCCUUCUGGCCAUGCUAUGGCUUCAGCUGGGGUGUGGCACGUUAUGGCAACAGCGAUCCUGUCCAUUUCUGAAGAGAAAAGGCACUCUGCCCUCUUCAUAUGGGUGACACGUCUGUGGCUGUGGACAUUAUCCUAUGCGUUCGUGGUCCUCGUCUGCAUGUCCAGGGUAUAUGUGGCGGCACACUUUCCACAUCAAGUCAUCGGUGGGGUAAUUGCAGGUAUCACUGUGGCCAAAAUGUUUUCCAGAGCGGGGUGGAUCUAUAAGGCUUCCUUGAAAAAGUACUUCUGCACCACACUCUGUCUGCUUACCUCUGCUCUUGGCUUCUACCUGCUAUUGAAGAUGUUGGGUGUUGACUUGCUGUGGACCCUGGAAAAAGCCAAUAUGUGGUGCACCCGUGCCGAAUGGGUCCAUAUGGACACCAGCCCCUUCGCCAGCCUCCUGCGAAACAUGGGCAUCCUUCUUGGACUGGGGCUCGGCCUACACUCGCCUCUCUAUGUGGAGAGCAGGAAGAGCAAGAGUGCUCCUUUCAGUCUCAGUUGUGUCAUUGCCUCCCUGACAUUACUGCAGCUUCUGGACACCCUGAGCUUCUCUUCUAAUAAUCCAGUUGUGUUCUACUCGCUGUCUUUCUUCAAGAGUACUGUGAUGCCCUUCAUCACCAUUGCUCUUGUUCCAGCCUCUCUCUCUGUCCUUUUCAGGAGCAGAAGGGAUCAAAAAAUGUUAUGACAACACAAGGGAUAGAGUGCAUUGUUCUCAAAAGUUCUCUGGCUGUUGCUGAAAUGCAGAGCUGUGGCUUCCAAAAUAAUGUUAAUAGACUUGAGUCCCAAUGCUCUAAGUACACCUCUGACCAGGAGAACAAAGAACAUACUUUCAUUUUUACAGCUAUCUACAGAGAUGGGAAAUGUGGAAUUAUAAUAAACUGUAAAUAAAUUAUAAUACCUGGGAGUUAUUCUGACCAGACAUUUCCAAAACACACCUGUUCAGUAAACAUGUUCUUUGAAGUGAUUUUCACUGUUUUAUCUAAAAUCUUCAUCAGGUGCUGCAAAACUGUGUUGCUUCUUUGUAUUUGUUAAAUAUGAAAAAUAUGAAAACAGUAUGUUUGCUAUGUUUCUACCAAAUGUAUGAUGCAGAGAUGUCUGCUAGUAACCAUGAAGGAUGGAGCAUUUUCAGGAGAUACUUUUCUGCCAGAUGUCCAAGAGAAGCUUAAGUCCUCGAUCUUUGUAUGUGGACAUAUUUACCAUUUCUCUGUGUUCUGUCUCUACCUGUGCACUACUGUGACCCUGUGAUGUUCAUUAAACCAAUUAAAAAAAAAAAACA